AUGUUUCCAAUGAGGUUCUGUGUAGUUGUGGUAUUGAUUACAUUAGGAACUCUUAGAGUUGCUUUGCACACUGUGGAGGGAAGGCCUCGUCGGAUUCUUUUGGAUACAGAUGUUGAUACUGAUGAUUUCUUUGCUCUGCUCUACCUUUUGAAGCUCAACAAAUCAGACUUUCAAUUGGAGGCAGUCACCAUCAAUGCAAAUGCUUGGACUAAUGCCGGGCACUCUGUGAAUCAAAUUUAUGACUUGCUUUACAUGAUGGGGCGAGAUGAUAUAGCAGUUGGAGUGGGAGGUGAGGGUGGAAUACUCCCAAAUGGUACCAUACUCCCAAAUGUUGGUGGAUAUCUUCCAAUUAUUGAACAGGGAAUGACAACAGCAGGAGGUUGCAGAUACAGGCAGGCCAUUCCUUUAGGUCUUGGAGGGCGCUUGGAUACUGAUGCUAACUAUGGCAUCCGGAAAGCUUUCCUUCCACAGGUAUAA